UGUUUGUAGACCCAAAAGCAUAAAUAUGAAAGUCCUAAUCGUUCUUGGAUUCUGCCUAGUCGCUGUUUCGGCAUACCGCCAGUACGAUCCGUAUUACCAACAAUACCAAGGCCUCACCAACUACUACGGCAGGACUGCCCACUACUAUGAGCCUCAAGAAUAUCACAACCAGCACUACUACAACAAGCUCCCCUACUACAACCCUGGCUACUAUUACGGUGAUAAGUCUAGCUACGGGCAAUCCGGCCAUGAAGCCAACUACAACGCUCCAUUGUACUACGCUCCGGGAUAUAAUCAAGGAUACCAAACAUACUCCGAUGAUCACCCAUCUCUGAACCAGGAGUAUUAUGGAAAACAUGCAUAUGAAGUAACACAGCAAUAAAGUCGAACUAUGGCUUCUUACCGACCAUGGAUUUGAUGAAAGGACCACAAGAUACGAAACAUUAAAUAUAUUUGCUAAUAAAUAGAAUUAUUGCAGCAUA